UCCAGGAGCAAUCCCACAAUGCAAAGCUGAAAUGCUAACGCUGAGGAGCGGCUACAACAACAUUAGCGAAAGUUACCUGUCAUCGUGUGUUUGUUGUUUUAAUUUGUUUCUGAGAAUCUGUUGGUUUCUUCCAUAUCGGAAUAUUACAGCAGUCAGAAGAAGUGUUACAUGUAACGCCGAUAAAGUCACUGAACUGAAUCAAAAGGUUAAAAAUCGCUGUUUUUCGUCGCACUUGGCAACAUGGUCAACGUACUCAAAGGCGUCCUUGUUGAAUGUGACCCUGCCAUGAAACAGUUCCUGCUUUAUUUGGAUGAAACCUCAGCCCUUGGAAAGAAGUUCAUCCUGCAGGACCUGGAUGACACGCACCUCUUCAUUUUGGCAGAUGUGGUUCAAAUUCUGCAGGAGAGAGUGGGCGAGUUAAUGGACCAAAAUUCAUUCCCCAUUACACAGAAAUAACUCUUUAUGGAUAAUUAGAUUUAUUUAUGCAGUUUUCACAGAUUGUUUUUGUUGCAGAAUAUAAGUGUAGUGAUUUGUCAUGUUGUACCUUGGUUGUUGAAUUAAUGUUGGAUCAUU